CAUACAAGCAUCAUUCCCAUCCUCUAGAAAACCAUUUUUCCUCCAUCCUUGAAACUACAAGAUCCUACACAUCUUCAAUCACACUCAAAUUUCUUAUUUAUCAGUGCUGUUUUAUUUGCUUUCACCUUUCAAUCAAUGUCAUCAACAUAAUGGUUAUUGGGUCUCCACAAAUGUUCUUGAAAACCUCAAAGUUUUGAUCUUUUUAAUUUGCAGCUUGAAAAUGGAUAGAGUUUGAGUCACCAGACAUCAAGAAUCUCUGUGUUCUUCAAUACCCAGUUUUACAGAAAAUCUCCAAACAAAGAGGGGUUUUGUAAAAUCUUGAAACAAUGGAGUCUCCGGCUUCUGCGAAGAAAUCGAAUCAAAGCUUGAGUAGAAACAAGACUAUGGAGAAAAAAGAUGACACAUCUUUGCAUAUUGCUGUUAGGCAAGAGGAUUUAGAUGUUGCUUUUGAGAUUAUGAGUAGUUGUGAUGAACAAAAGUUGGUUGAAUUGCUGUUGAAGAAGAAUCAAUCCGGUGAAACUCCACUUUAUGUGGCUGCUGAGUAUGGGUGUGUUGAUUUGGUUAAAGAGAUGAUCAAGUAUUAUGAUUCUGAGGCUGCAAGUGUUAAGGCUAAAAAUGGGUUUGAUGCAUUUCAUAUUGCUGCUAAACAAGGAAAUCUUGAGGUACUGAAGGUUCUUAUGGAAAUGCAUUCAGAGCUUUCAAUGACUUUUGAUCAAAGUAACACCACACCAUUGCACACAGCAUCAGAACAAGGUCAUAUUGAAGUGGUGAACUAUCUUUUGGAGAAAAAUAGUAGCAUGGCUAAUAUUGCAAGAAGCAACCUUAAAACCGCUUUACACUCGUGUGCAAGACAGGGCCAUUUAGAUGUGGUUAAAGCGCUUUCGCAAAAAGUACCCGGGAUUGUUGCUAGAGCUGAUAAAAAGGGACAAACCGCCCUGCAUAUGGCGGUUAAGGGACAAAAUGUUGAGGUUGUUAAUGCACUUAUUGAAGCCGAUAAUGGGUUGAUAAAUAUGGUUGACAAACAAGGUAACACCGCGCUACAUAUCACUACAAGAAAGGGUCGCACAGAGAUUGUUUGUGCCUUGCUAAACCACAAAGGAACAAUCAACAAACAAGUCAUCAACAAAUACGGCGAAACCCCACUCGACACGGCUGAAAAAUUCGGCCGAUCAGAAAUCGCCAUCAUCCUACAAAAACACGGUGUCCCAAAAGCCAGAUCAAUUAAAAACACACAACCACCAUUAACACCCACCACCCGCGAACUAAAACAAACAGUUAGCGACAUCAAACACGGAGUCCACGACCAACUAGAACACGCCAUCAGAACUCAAAAACGAGUCAAAGGAAUCGGCAAACGAAUAAACAAGAUGCACCUAGAAGGUCUCAACAACGCAAUCAACUCCACAACUGUCGUUGCAGUCUUAAUCGCAACGGUCACAUUCGCAGCCAUUUUUCAACUCCCCGGACAAUACGUAGAUGAUGAUGAUCCGAAAAAAAUCCCAAAUGGGUUCUCAUUAGGAGAAGGAAACAUUGCUGCAAACCCUGAGUUCAUAGUCUUCUUGCUCUUUGACUCACUAGCAUUGUUUAUAUCACUAGCAGUUGUGGUAGUUCAAACAUCAAUAGUGGUGGUUGAAAAACGUGCGAAAAAACAAGUGAUGGCGGUUAUUAAUAAGCUCAUGUGGUUGGCGUGUGUGUUUGUUUCUGUUGCGUUUCUUGCGUUAUCCUUUAUUGUUGUGGGAAAUGAGAAGUGGUUGGCGGUUGGUGUGACAGUUAUUGGGUCGGUUACAUUGGCAUCGACGUUAGGGACUAUGUGUUAUUGGAUAAUAACGCAUAGGAUGGAAGCUAAAAGUAUAAAAAGCCGAAGGAUGUCGGGGUCAGUGUCGAUUUCGCCACUGUCGGAUUCUGAGAAUGAGGAUUUUAGGAAACUAUAUGCUAUUUGAUCAUCAGCAUUAUGUUGUGUUUUUUGUAUGUUUUUCUGUUGAACUGAAUGUAUGAUAUCUGUCUUGGUACAUAGGGUACCACUUGAUUUGUAUAUAUUUUUCAAGAGUUAUAUAAAGUAGCAGAAAAUUGGUCCA